UCCAUUCUUUCAGCGACCUCCGUCUCGAUCGCCUUUCCAUUCCUCGUUUCUUUUCCUCGCUCUCGAUUUUCUGUCUCAUUCGCAUUCCUUCUCAGCCCAUUCCUCUCGCCUCCUCUCGCCUCCUCGUGCUCCUCCCUUCCUGCUUCUGAUCUCGUAGAGAAUGACAACUUAUACCGGCCGCCCAACCACCAAGGGUGGAAAGGCAGUGUUUAUUCAAAGUAGGGGCGGAAAGGCAAAGUGGGGUGCCCAAUCCCCUCCCACGACCACGCAGUCUGGCCACUCAUCCAGCAGCAGCCCCGCACCACCAUCCCCGAGCUCUGCGGCUAACAAGGAAAUUAUCCUCAGUGAAGCUGAUUUGAAAAACAUGCAUGACCGUAUGCUGUUCCUGCUGUCAAACAUGAUCGGCUUGAAAGUGGAAGUCGCUGUAAAGAACGGCUCGAAGUACCAAGGAUUCUUCCACACGGCUUUCACGGAAGGAGAUCUUGGAGUCGUUUUGCGACUAGCCAAGCCAGUUUCUGGCCAAGAUAAGAAGAAAGACGUGCCCCUGACCAAACAGAUCAUUAUCCUCGCCAAGGACUGCACAGCUAUCAACGUCGUAGGUGUCGACUUUCUUCCUCAGGAGAGGCCUGGCCCUGAACGUGGCGAGCGCGAAGGUUUUAAAACGGAUACGGACAUCAGUCGGUCUGGUGACAUCAGAGAGCGGGAUCUUAAAAAGUGGGCUCCCGAGGAGCACACAGCCUUUCUUGAUAUCGAAGGUGACCUUGGUGAUGGACAUCAUAAUGGAAGGGCUGGUUGGGAUCAGUUUGCCGCCAAUGAACGACUCUUUGGGGUCAAGACCGACUUCAACGAAGAGCUGUACACGACAAAACUGGACCGUUCAGGGGCAGAUUUCAAAGCGCGCGAGCAGCAGGCCAUUCAAAUCGCAAAUGAAAUCCAGCAGAGCGUCUCGAACAACGUCCAUUUGCGGGAAGAACGCGGCCUAACCGUAGAUGAUAGUGGUCUUGAUGAAGAGGAUCUCUAUGGCGCUGUCGUUCGUGAUCCCCUGCCUGCUUCUAACAAAUAUAUGCCCCCAGCGAUGCGGCGUCAGCAGGAACUCAGCCAGCAAAAACGACCAUCUACACCCUCACAGCAGACAGGCCGUCCACUACCCGCACCUGCUCAGUCGACGUCUUCAAUCCAUACGGCGGCUCAGGUCAGUAGAUCAGCACAGCAGUCGACCUCAUUGGCUCAACUGACCCAAUCCUCGCAACCGCAAAAGUCAUUUUCAACUGAUCAAAUGCCCUCUUCAUCGACCGCUGCCGUCGAAGCUGCCGUUCCUGUUGCGAAGCCUGCCGAGGGCGCUUCUGUCGGUCGAUCUAAUUCAACGAAGGGCGGUAACCCACAGUUCAAUCUGAACGACCUGCGCACGCACAACCCGGUUUCAACACUUUUGAAUGCGGCUACCAUCCAAGGAUCAAAAAACCAGCAGAUUCCUGAGCAUGCCGUAGAUUCGAAGCAGAUCGAGGACAAUCUUGCCAAGUUUGCAAUGACGGCGCGUACCUUCGCGACAAAUGAUAAGGCUUUGGUAAAUCAAACCAAAAUUGGACUCACGCAGCGCAGGACGGAGUUGCUGCAAAAGGAGAAAGACGGCCUGGCUGCAGAAUUAAAGCAGUUUGGCAAGGAGCUCACCAAAAAACUCAAUACGCCCGUACCAGAUGACGUUAAGGAGAUUUUUGGAAAGAAGAACGAGCAGUCUGCAACGGUUGAAAAGACCAAGGAGAGCUCUCCGGCAGAACUGUCGGAGAAGGAUAUGGACAGAAACAAGGACGAGGACAAGGGCAAAGAGGAAAAGGAGAAGGGGAAGGAAAAAUCCGAUACAGAGACCAAGGACGCCAAAGCAGAUUCUACAAAUGCACCUACGACUAGCACUGCGACAUCAUCCUCUGCAGGAAAGCCUGUCGAUGGGCGAACCAACUCAGGCGGCUCGUUCAAGUUUAAUGUCAAAGCCUCAGUGUUCAAGCCGAAUGUCAAUGCCGCACCCUUUACACCCUCCUUUGCUGUCGGAGAUAAGAAGGCCGGUCCAGGCGGUCCAGGCAUACCGGACAAGAAUAUGUUUUUUGGAAAAGUGGUAAAAAAAGGGGCUCUUCCUUUUCAGGAUUCCAUGUCGAGCCCCUUCAGGAAGGAUCAGACUACGCCAAACCCUGUCACUAUCACUCCAACGUGGCCAUAUGGGCAACGCCCCUUCCGUCACUUAUUUCAGGUGACGAACCGGUACGAAGAAGAUAUGAUGUUCAGUCAGGGCAUAGGACAGCACGGUGCAAAUACCGUCGGCAGCUAUUAUGCAAUGUCUGCUUACAACUACGGGCCGUCAGGCCAGUUCGGACCGCCGCCCAUGACCAUGGCUGGGCCCAAUCAUAUGGUGCCGUUCAUUGCCACCACCGGGCCAGUUCCCUUUUCACAGCCCACUCCACCUCCAGGAAUGCCUCACACCGGCACAGGGCCUGGCUUCCCUCAGAUGGCACUGACCUCAGCACCUCACUAUACAACACAGGGAUUCCCCCCCGGCCGGUCGGGCAUGAUUCCGCAUAUGGCCAUGUACGCAUACCCGCCAGCCGCUCAUGGCGGGCAUGUAAUGAUGCGGUAUCCACCACCAGAAAUGAUGUCCCCUAUGGGCCCCAACGGAAUGAUGAUGCACCCACGACCUUUAGGAAUGGAACCUCAAAUGAUGCAUUAUCCGCCGAGUGGACGGGAACAAGCCGUUAACGAAGAUGUUACGCCCGAUACCACUUCCACUAACUGAUCAAGCGCAGACGUCAAGAAAGAGAAGUCGUUGAACAUCGAAAAAAAAGACUUCAACAACCGCAGCCCUCGGAUAACUCACUGUUCAGUCGUAACACCGACGCAAGUUUUCCUCUAAACAGCUUCAAAUAAAAAGAUUGUUGGUUAACUAUCUUUGCCAGCGAAUAGAAUGUGG